AUCCUCAGGAAACCCUGGUACUGGCAGCAGCCAGCCUCUGCUGUGCCCACAUGACCCACAACUCUGGCAGCGGACCCGGCACUUCCAACAUUAUUAAAUAAUAAGAAAGCGGCUCCUACUCCAUGUCCAAACCUCCCUACAGACCAAUGGACACCUUCUAAGAGUUUGGCGAGUCGCAGAUUGAGGCGCCCGUCCAUUCCAAGAUAUAUAGGAUUUACAAAUCCCUGGAUGAAGCACUUGGGGAGUCUUUAAAUGCCAUAAUCAACAUCCAUUUCAAAGAAAAUAAUAUAGAUGGUUUUGGAAAAUUCAUGCUGUUUCUUCACGGAAUUUUAGAAUGAUUGAAGAUAGUGGGAAAAGAGGAAAUACCAUGGCAGAAAGAAGACAGCUGUUUGCAGAGAUGAGGGCUCAAGAUCUGGAUCGCAUCCGACUCUCCACCUACAGAACAGCAUGCAAGCUUAGAUUUGUUCAGAAGAAAUGCAAUUUGCACCUGGUGGACAUUUGGAAUGUCAUAGAAGCAUUGCGGGAAAAUGCUCUGAACAACCUGGACCCAAACAUAGAGCUCAAUGUGGCCCGCCUGGAGGCUGUGCUUUCCACCAUUUUUUACCAGCUUAACAAACGGAUGCCAACCACUCACCAAAUCCAUGUGGAGCAGUCCAUCAGCCUCCUGCUCAACUUCCUGCUUGCAGCCUUUGAUCCGGAAGGCCAUGGUAAAAUUUCAGUAUUUGCUGUCAAAAUGGCUUUAGCGACAUUGUGUGGAGGGAAGAUCAUGGACAAAUUAAGAUAUAUUUUCUCAAUGAUUUCUGACUCCAGUGGAGUGAUGGUUUAUGGACGGUACGACCAAUUCCUCCGGGAAGUUCUCAAACUACCCACAGCAGUUUUUGAAGGCCCUUCAUUUGGUUACACAGAACAAUCAGCUAGAUCCUGUUUCUCCCAACAGAAAAAAGUCACGUUAAAUGGUUUCUUGGACACGCUCAUGUCAGAUCCUCCCCCUCAGUGUCUGGUCUGGUUGCCUCUCCUGCAUCGACUGGCAAAUGUAGAAAAUGUCUUCCAUCCGGUUGAAUGUUCCUACUGCCACAGUGAGAGUAUGAUGGGAUUUCGCUACCGAUGCCAACAGUGUCACAAUUACCAACUCUGUCAGGACUGCUUCUGGAGGGGGCAUGCUGGUGGUUCCCAUAGCAACCAGCACCAAAUGAAAGAGUACACGUCAUGGAAAUCACCUGCAAAGAAGCUAACCAAUGCAUUAAGCAAGUCCCUGAGCUGCGCUUCCAGCCGUGAACCUUUGCACCCCAUGUUUCCGGAUCAGCCUGAGAAGCCACUCAACUUGGCUCACAUUGUUGAUACUUGGCCUCCCAGACCUGUAACCAGCAUGAACGACACCCUGUUCUCCCACUCUGUUCCCUCCUCAGGAAGUCCUUUUAUUACCAGGAGUAUGCUUGAGAGUUCAAACCGGCUUGAUGAAGAGCACAGGCUGAUCGCCAGGUAUGCAGCAAGACUGGCAGCAGAAUCCUCCUCGUCUCAGCCAACUCAGCAGAGAAGUGCUCCUGACAUCUCCUUCACCAUUGAUGCAAAUAAGCAACAAAGGCAGCUGAUUGCAGAACUAGAAAACAAGAACAGAGAAAUCUUACAGGAGAUCCAGAGGCUGCGACUAGAACACGAGCAAGCUUCUCAGCCCACACCAGAGAAGGCGCAGCAAAACCCCACCCUGCUGGCAGAGCUCCGGCUCCUCAGACAACGCAAGGAUGAGCUGGAACAGAGAAUGUCUGCUCUCCAGGAGAGCCGAAGAGAGUUAAUGGUCCAAUUGGAAGGUCUCAUGAAGCUACUAAAGGAAGAAGAACUGAAGCAGGGAGUAAGUUAUGUCCCCUACUGCAGGUCUUAACUAACAGUGGAGGGGCCUGCGUCCUGCUGUUUUUCUCAUUGCUUUUGCCUCUAAUGUAUGUUCAUGCUUCAGUUUGGAAAGAAAAAAAAAAACUCAUACUAAUUUGCUUCCUUUUCAAUGGUAGUGCUUGAAUUGAAAUUAUAAAAUUUGGCAUUUCUUUUAUAACUAUCAUGGCUGUUGGCACCAAAAGAAGACCUAUUACAUCUUUUAGAAGAGGGAACAAAUUGGAUUUUAUUGGAAACAUUUUAGGUCCCCAGAGAUAGAAGUUUCAAAUCAAUUUAAGCUUUUAGGGGUUGUUGAUCAGACCUCUCUCUCUUAAUAGAAAGACCCAGUUACUAGAGAUACACAGAGGUCAAUGUUAUCCCAAAACCCACAGCACACAGAAGGGAACCUCCACAUCCUCUCAUACCAUGAAUAUUCAGUUCCGUUUCCAUUUUACUGAAAUGGUUUGGAAACUCUUUUUUAUAAGAAUCAGGCAAUUAAAUCCCUUUUCAUCACAUAAUUAUUAGGCCUUUUCCCCCCGUUGCUCACCAAAAUGUGCUCAAUCAUGUAAGACUGUACUCGGUAACUGACUACCCACUUCCCAUAUUUUUGGUUCUUUCCCAGUAUGGAAUCUCAGCUGUUGAUUGACAAUAAUCUCUAAAAAAAUUAAUUCACUUUCAGUCUUCCUCUUAUCACAAGAACAUUUCUGCUCUGUGAUUUCACAAAUCUGAUACAACGCAUUUAUUUUCUGAAUAUAGGGGCAUUGUGAACUCCCUAACCAUGUCCUAAAAUGGACCCCUGUGUCUGACCCUGUGGUCGGGUUCAGGAUCAGCAAAGGGAGCAGCAUAAUUAAAAAUAAUAAUAAUAAUUAGAUUAAAUGAAAGCAAAAGAAAAACAGCUUUAAUGCCCCAUGCAUGUACCAAACUAUGUAUGACAAUAUAUGCCACUUGCUAGUGUUAUUAAAAAGUUUCACAUUAUUUCCAUGGAUCAAUUAGAACUACAGCCUGUCCGAUAUCAACCUACCUUUUAAUUUUUCUGUAUGCUCUUUUCUAUAUUUAAUUGUGUGUGUUUGUGUGUAACAAAGAAUGUUUGCAAAAAUGCUGGACACAUUUCUACCCUUCAUUCCCAUGUUCUGUAAAAAAAAAAAGGAAAGUGUUAAAUCAAUCUGUAAUGUCAGAUAAUAAAAACAAUGUGCUACGUUAUUUUGUACUUUGUGAAAACAAUUACUUUACUAAGCUUAAGUCAAAUUUUAAUGAGGGACAGUCCUCGUGGGUUAAGGUCACAUCACUUGUACAGCCUGUAUAACUGCCCCUAAAUGCAUACAUAGAGUAUUGCUAUUGUACUUUCAACACACUUAGAUCAUGGUAGAGAAAAAUGCCUUACUUGUAAUACCUCUCGUUGCAAACAGCCUCUUUUCUUUCCUGUCUCUUACUUUUGCAUGUGCAUAGAAAAAAAAAUACUGCUCAAAUAUAACCUUCCCCCCCUUCUGGGGGAGAGAGAGGGCAAUUAUACUGUAGUUGGUCAACCGAGCUUCAACCCUUUCCCAUGGGAUCCCUUUUCUACCAUUCCCAGGCAGCACAUUCUUGAGAGGCUCCCUCACCUAGGAUGUUUAUAAACACGUAGAUGCACAGAGCCAAACCAUGGCAGUGCCCUUAGGGUGGUAUCCCUGCCACCUCACCUUUAGCCCCAUAGCUCCUCCAGCCUCUGCAUCUUGGAGGGUCAGCCAGCAGUGGGUACUGCAGCAUUGGCACCUGAGGGCAUCAGUACCACCCAGAUGUCAGUUAAACAUUGUCUGGGUGUUCAGAGAUUUUUGCCUGCCUGUUUUAUCUAUUUGCUUUUAUGCUCAAGCCUUUCUUCACAAAGGACCUGGAGCAGCUUACAACAGAAUAUAUAAACAAGGAUUCCGUGAAAUUGAAAAUAGAAAAAUCUAAAACUAAGGAAGAGGAAAUGCAAAUAUGUUAAUCAUAAGGGACAAGGAUGUUACUCUGAGCUUUCUGGCAAUAAAUCAAAAAAAAGGGAAAUAUGAUCCGUGGUUUCAUCAGUACAGAAAUACCACUCUUUAGCAGAACAAAAUUUCUGUGGCAUAUGAUACAAAAGGCAGUCUUCACUGAGAAAUUUAUAGAAAUAGUACUGCAAAAUAAAAGGGAAAAAUGCAGUCAAAGAUUUCAUGUGGCUGUUCCUUAUACUGACCUUCAGUCCAAAUUAAAGACAGAAUCCCAUAAAUCCCAGCCCUAUAGAGGCAGUUCUAUAAAGAAAACAAAUGCCAUUCAAAUCUAUAGACUUCUCAUGGUAUAACAUGAUCUAAGGAGAGAAUUUAGAGGUUUUAGAUUGGUAUCUGCUUCUAAAUUCUAUUUUUAUUUAUGAACCUUUCCCCUUUGGGGACAUUUUCUUUGUAAAAUCAAACUUAAAACUCCCCACACAACAAAUUGUGCUUGAUUUAAUAACCUCUCCAUGCUUUAUCAUAAGUCUGUGUGGUUCGAUGUAGUGUUUUAUUAUACUGGUAUAUAUAAUUCCUACUUAUACUGUUUCUUGUUAUGGGUAAUGCAUGAAUUUAUCCCCCUUGAGGAGAGAACAUGAAUUUUUAAAAAAUAGUGCCUGUAAUAUAAUAUGAUGAUUAUGGUAUCACAAGCAAUAAAUUUCUUUUUUACAAAACUUGAA